AUGGCUACUGUGGAAAAACUCCAAGAGGAAGCUUCUUGUUCCAUCUGUUUGGAGUAUUUCCAAGACCCGGUGUCUAUACACUGCGGGCACAACUUCUGCCGAGCCUGCAUCACUCAGUGCUGGGGCGAAUUGGCCACAAACUUCUCCUGCCCGCAGUGCAGACAGACCGCCCAGCAGAGAAACUUCAGGCUCAACAGGGAGCUGGCAAACAUGGUGGAGCUAGUGAAACAGCUGAAGUUGCCUCCAACAAAAGAGCCAGAGGCGGAGCGAGUGUGUGAGAAACACAGGGAGCCUCUGAAACUCUUCUGUGAGGAGGAACAACAAUUAAUCUGUUUGGUCUGCAGAGAGUCCUGGGCGCAUGGAGCUCACGCUGUGGUUCCCAUAGAGGAGGCUGCCCAGAAGUACAAGGAGCAAGUCAAGGCUCGACUGCAGGCUCUGAGGGAAGAGAGAGAAAAACUCCUGGGAUUUAAACUGACUGGUGAGAGGAGGAGCUGGGAGUAUCUGGAAAAGAUCAAAAAGGAGAGGCAGAGAAUUGGGUUUGAAUUUCAGCAGCUCCGCCAGUUUCUGGAGGAACAAGAGCGCCUCCUGCUGGCCCGGCUGGAAGAGUUGGACAGGAUUAUGAAGUGGCAAAAGGAAACGGUCACCAGAUUUCCCAUGGAGAUUUCCCAUCUUAAUAGCCUGAUCAGUGAGCUGGAGGGGAAGUGCCAGCAGCCAGCGAGUGAUUUCCUGCAGGACAUCAGGAUCACCUUGAGCAGGUGCGAGAUGUUCCAGCAGCCCACAGGGAUUUCUCUUGAGCUGGAAAAGAGACUCAGUGAUUUCUCUCAAAAAACUAUUGCUUUAAAGGAGACCCUGAGGAAAUUCAAAGCGAAUGUGACUCUGGAUCCAGACACGGCUCAUCCCCAGCUUGUCCUAUCUGCGGACGGGAAAGGCGUGAGACGGGGACACGAGCAGCAGGAUCUGCCCGACAAUCCCGAGCGAUUCGAUUCCGUUCUCUCCGUGCUGGGCCGUGACGGGUUCGCCUCGGGCAGACACUACUGGGAGGUGGAGGUGGGCGUUGGGGGAAUCUGGUCGGUGGGGGUGGCCAGGGAGUCUGUAAGGAGGAAGGGACGGAUGAGCAAUUACCCUGAGCAGGAGAUCUGGGCUGUGGGUCACUGGGGUGGUCAGUACCGGGCUUACACCGCCUGUGAGACCAUUCUACCCCUGCCUACGAUCCCCAGGAGAAUCCGGGUGGCUCUGGACUAUGAAGGGGGGCGGGUGGCAUUUUUUGAUGUUGACAACAAGUUCCUGAUCUUCAUUUUCCCACCGGCCUCUUUCACUGGGGAGAGACUCUUCCCUUUCUUUUUGGCGGGAUCCCCACUCCGGCUGUGUCCCUGA